GAGUCGUGACUGUGGUUUAGCUCUUGGGUGUUUAUAAAUAUAAAUAGGAUCUUUAGAAUGUUUUGUAGUCUCUGAUCGAUUGGGUUGUAGCGCGGUGAAUUUGUUUAUUAGUUGACGGAGAUGAAUGGUUCGUUGUCGAAGUUAUGUGACGGCGAAGAUCAGUCGUAUAUACAAGCUUUACAAAAGAUGAUGCACGCUGAUGGCGAUAGUCCAAGACCUCUUGAAUGCUCUGCAGCUCACAUAGAAAAAGUAUUGUACCAGCAAAUGAAGUCCCUCUUAAAUCAAGCAAAUGAAGUUGCUAAAAUGAGAGGAGCAAAAUCAAUCGAAGCAAUUGAUUUUCUUUUCUUAAUGCGAAAGAAUAGAGUGAAAGUCCGUCGAUUACUUGAUUAUUUUGCUGUGAAGGAUGCUAGAAGCAUAUUUAAUGCAGAAGCUCUCAAAGCUGACCAACCUAUUCAGAAAUCGUGCACUCUACAAAAGUGUUUAAAAGUAUUGAGAAAGAUUGAUAUUACUGGAGAACUGACAGACAGAAGGAUUAAAUUGUUUGAUGAAGUCAAAAACAGGAGACGACUUCGUGCUGAACUUGUGUCUCGGUUAUUAAAUGAGAAGAGAUACUUAGAAUAUGCAGCUGCUCGUACAGUGUCCUUCACAUUUGCACCAAAGAAGAGUGGUUUUAGGCUUAAUAUGUGGCUUCUUUCAAAGGGUGAAAAACUUCCAAGAUUGCCAAAGGAAAAGUCGCUUGGGUGUCAAAUACUCUGUUAUUUGGCUCGAGAAACUGUGUCACAAAUAAUGGACCUUACCUUUCUAGCCAGAGAAGAUAUGACAAUUACACGUGAUCCAGUUAACAAAAAUUAUCCAGCGCUGUUUGGACCAAAUCUGCCUCAAUUUCCUAUGGAAGGAGUAGAGAAGAUUUAUGGCAUAACACCAGUAAUUCCAUCAGAGAUUGAAGCGGCUUUAGCACGUUAUUGGUCUCCAUGUUUCUAUCCCUUCAGUACAUUUUCACGGAAUGUGGGACCCCAAGUCCAUAAACGGCUUCUAGCAUGCUGAUGGGGGGAAAAAAAUCAUAUAGUUGAUACUCCAUCUUUUUCAGAUAUUGUCUUUACGUUUCAUGUUACUUACUGACAUGUUGACUGACUUUGUACUGAUUAGUACUUUAAAACAAUUUGAAAAUGAUAUGUAAGUUGUACAGUGUAAUUAGGUAAUUUAUUUUAUUUCUGCUGUUUUUGUAAGUAAUUGCAUUAUAAAUGCUUGGAUAGAAAAAGGUAAACUGAAGAACAGUGAUUUCAAAUGUUAUAACUGUAAGCCUUACUUCAUUUAGAUGUUGACAUGACAGAGAGAAUUGGUACACAUACUGUCGAAUGUAGCCUUGUAGUAGUAUUGGUGCAAGACAUCACUAAUCAGUUAGGGAACCAGCAGUGAAUGUUAGAGAUAAUAACAGGUAUAGUAUAAUGGAUCUAGGGCCUUUCAUUGUUUGUGGAAAGUGUAGACAAAAAUAUUGGAUAUUUGCAUCCCAUUUCUGUUGGUAAAUUGAUGUAUCUGUACAGUGCCAUCCUUAAAAAGGAUAUCAUAAAUAUUAAUCUGUCAGACAGUAACAGAGUGAAAAUUGAACUAAAGUCAGCAGUUGCAGCAAACAAUCCACUGGAGGUACCUAUAUUUAAAGGAAAAAACCUGUAUGGGUGUAUUCCCAAUUUAUUGUUACAUAAAUAUGUGAUCAUACAUUGUAUUGAUACAAUGCUAAAAGAUAAACAAAUCUACACAAAAAUGCAGGGUUAAUACGUAGUUACUAGCGUCAAAUGAUACACACGGAAGGUGACAAUACUGGUCUGCAAGGCUUGCAUGUAGGUCACAAAUAUUAUCGCAUCAUGUUAUGAUCUUGGGUAGGAGAUACUCAAUAAAAAGAUAUAUUGCUCCAGUAAUGCAAUGCAGGGAUUGUUUAUGAUAUAGCUAUCAUGUCCCACAGUGAAAAACCAAAACUAGAUGCAGUAAAUGCUAUGGUCUGCAUUCAGUAGAUGGUUUGCAUCCAAGAAGUGCCGUGUUGUGUAUCCUGUCACAGUGCACUCCUCACUACAGAAAAGACAGUAUUAUGAAAAGGACAGUUGCUUCUCACUAUAUAGUGGAGAAGCUGAGUCACAGAUGGGCACAACAAAAAGACUGUUAGCAAGGAAACUUUCAGCCAGAAAGGCCUUCAUCUGCUGCUAUGUAGUGGGCAGCCACUGUCCUCCUCACACUACUGUCAUAAUCCAUUCCUGGAUUUUCUACUGUUUGAUUUCACUACACACAAGUCAUGCCAAUCUCAUAAACACCAACAAUAAAAUGUGCAGAGAUAAUGAUAUAUAUAACAGUUAGAAGAAAUCUCCACCCCUACAACAAUGGGUGUUGGAAGCAGUAAGUGCACCUCUAACUCAAGAUCAGUUGCCUGAUGUAAUGCAGCCAAUACCAUAACAGCAACGGCAAUAACAAUACCACAUACUGCAUACUCAUAUAGCAGAAUAUCCAGGCAUCAGAAGUAUAGGGAAUUGUCAGCAGAGCGAUUGAGUAUAAAAAAAAUGUAUACCACAACAUUUUUCCCGUCCACCCUAUCUUACAUAAUCCGUAUCCACAAACAACGCACUUCAGACAUUACAAUAUUAUGAAAAGGAUAGUUCCUACUUGCCAUAUAGCAGAGAUGCUAAGUUUAUGAUAGGCACAACAAAAUCUCACCAACAUGGGGCUAAUUCUUGAUACUACAUAUUGAGUUUGUUGCUGUGAUCUUCAUUCGGAAGUCUAGUUAAGUGCAACUCUAUAUGCUACUGUAUCCUAUGCCUCUUCGUCUCUGAGUAAUUACUGCAAUCUACAUCUUCCGAAAUCUCCUUACUGUAGUCAUCUCUUGGAUUUCCCUCUACGGUUUUUAACCCCCUUACUUCCUCCAGUACUAAAUAGGUGAUCCCUUGAUGUCUGAGAAUGUGUCCUAUCAACUGAUCCCCUCCCACAAGUAACGUGAUCUACCCAUCUAAUCUUCAGCAUUCUCCUGUAGCACCACAUUUUGAAAGCUUCUGUUCUCUUUUUCUCUGAACCAUUUAUCGUCUUGUUUCACUUACACACAUGGUUACGCUGCAGACAAAUGCCUUCAGAAAAGACUUCAGAACACUUCAAUCUGAAUUAACAAAUUUCUCUUUUUCAGAAAUGCUUUUCGUACCAUUGCCAGUCUCCAUUUUCUGUCCUCUCUACUUCAGCUGCCCAAAUAGAAAAACUCAACUACUACUUUGUCUCGUUCCCGAAUCUGAUACCCUCAGGAUAAUCUUAUUUAAUUAAACUACAUUCCAUUAUCCUUGCUUUGCUUUUAUUGAUGUUCAUUAUAUCCUGCACUCAAGACAACGUCCAUUCCAUUCAACUGCUGUUCCAAGUCCUUUGUUGUCUCUGACAGAAUUACAAUGCCAUUGCCAAACCUCAACAUUUUUAUUCCUUCUCCCUGAACUUUAAUUUCAGUUCUAAACUUUUUCUUUAGUUUCCUUUACUGCUUGUUCAGUGUCCAUAUUGAAUAACAUUGGGGAUAGGCUACAACCCUGCCUUGCUCCCUUUUCAACCUCUGCCUCCCUUUCAUGCCUCUCGACUCCUGUAACUGCCAUCUGGUUACUGUACAAGCCAUAAAUAGCUCUUCAGUCCCUGUAUUUUAUCCUAUUACCUUUAGAAUUUCAGAGAGAGUAUUCCAGUCAGCAAUAUCAAAAGCUUUCUCCAAGUCUAAAAAUGCUGAAAAAUGUAGCUUUGCCUUUCCUUAACCUAUCUUCUAAGAUGUGUUGUAGGGUCAGUAUCACAUGUUCCUCUUUAAUCCAAACUGAACUUCCCCAAGGGUGGCUUCUGCCAGUUUUCCAUUCUUCUGUAAAUAAUUCCUAGUUUGUAGCCAUGCCUUAUUAAUCUUACAGUUUAGUAAUUUUCCCAACUGUCGACAACUUAUUUCUUUGGAACUGAAAUUAUUACAUUCUUCUUGAAGUCUGUGAGUAUUUCACCUGUCUUGUACAUCUUGCACACCAGAUAGAAGAGUUUUGUCAUUGGUGGCUCUCCCAAGGCUAUCAGCAGUUCUGCUGGAAUAUUGACUACCCUCGGGGCCUUGUUUCAACUUAAACCUUUCAGAGCUUUGCCAAAUUCUUCUCAAAGUAUCAUGGCUCCCAUCUCACCAUCAUCUAUGUCCACCUCCCAUUCUAUAAUAUUGCUUUCAAAUCCAUGUCCCUUGUACAGGCACUCUGUAUACGCCUUCCACAUUUCAGCUUUCCAGUCUUUACUCAGGACUUGUUCACCAUCUGAGCUCUUGAUACCUCUCUUCCCCAAAUGCUUUCCUGUAGGCAGUAUCUAUCUCUCCCGUAAUGAAGUAUGUUUCUAUAUCCUUACAUUUGUCCUAAUGCCAUUCCUGCUUAGCAGUUCUGCACUUCCUGUCAAUCUCAUUUUUUAAACAUUUGUAUUCCAUUUCACCUGCUUCAUUUUUAAGUUUCCUCUUUUCAUCAAUUAAUUUUAUUGUAAAAAUAUUUAAGAAGCUGAGUCGAUACCAUCAUGAGCCAUUUGCAUACAGUCUGACAGUUACGAGGGUUGUACCAAAAGUAAUGCUCCCAAUAAGCUACAGCCUCAAGAGAAGGUGCUAGGCUAAAGCCGACAACAGUGCCAUGUGCAGUGGUUCCCCCCACUCUCCAGCACGCCCUUCCGCAAUUAGCUAAGCUGCUCAGUGUGGGCUUGGCAGCCGAUAGAUAUUGAAGUGCUGAUAUCCGCUCCCGCCAAGUGUGAUGUUAGAGCCAUAAUCCAGUUUCUCUGUGCGAGGAAGUUGCUGCCCGUGGAGAUACAUCGGCUACUGACUGAGGUUUAUGGUGAGGAGGGCAUGUCCGUUCAGCACAUCCGCAAAUGGUGCAGUGCUUUUGUUGAGGGUCACACGGAAGUUCACGAUGAUGAACAGAGUGGAAGUCCACCGGGCAGUUUCAGAUGCGAUUGUCCAGAUGAUCAACAGUGAGCUGCUCAAAGAUCAUAGGGUCACUGUCCGUGAACUUGUUCAACGCAUUCCUAAAUCUUCCCACAGCACCACUGAAAGAACUGUAAGAGAAACAUUGGGUUAUCGCAAGGUGUGUGGUCACUGGAUCACCGGAUGCUGACUGAUGGACACAAGGAGCAAUGCCUUGACUAUGCUCGCAAGUUUCUUCAACAGUGUGAGUGGGGAGGCAACAAGGAGACGUUCUUGGACUCUGUUGUCAUGGGAAAUGAAACAUGGGUGUUUAAUUACACCCCUGAAACAAAACGACAAUCUUGUCAGUGGUGUCACUCUGGUUCACCCACACCAAAGAAAUUCAAACAAGCGCAGUCAGAAGGAAAGGUUAUGGCAACUGUGUUUUGGGAUUUGGAAGGUAGUACUCCUCAUAGAUUUCAUGCAACCUGGGACGACAAUAAACUCGGACAGAUAUUGUGAAACAUUGGGCAAACUCUGGCGAGCAAUCCAGAAUCUCCAGAGGGGACAACUGAAGGAGGGAGUAGCCCCUCUUCACAACAACGCUCAGCCCCACACCACUCGUCAAACACAGGAGCUUUUGAAGAAAUUUGGGUGGACUGUUAUGCCCCAUCCCCCGUACAGCCCGGACUUAGCCUCAAGCGAUUGUGACCUCUUCCCCAAGCUAAAAGAACGCUUAUGUGACAAAUGCUUAAACAGCAACAAAGAAGUCCGAGCAGAGAAUCACACACUUUCUCAACAGGUUGGAGGGAGACUUCUUUGAUUUAAGAAUACAAAAACUGGAGCACAGUCUUCAAAAGUGUGUCGAAAAAAAUAGACUAUAUUGAAAAACAGAUAAAAGUGUAAGCUUUUCAACGAUGUAUAAAUUAAUAACAAUAAACUAUGUUUUUUAUUUGUAAAGAAAUAUUGGAACCUUAUUUUUGGUACAACCCUUGUACUUGCCUGUUCUUAUCUACAAACAACGAAACGUCUGAAGUAUGAAACAAUGGAAAAUCCAGGAUGGAAUGUAAUAAUAUUAUGAAAAGGAUGGCUCUUACUCACCAUAUAAGGGAGAUGCUGAGUCACAAAUCAGCACAACAAAAAGACUGUCAAAGUGAGCUUUUGGCCAACAAGGCCUCUGUCAAAAAUAGACACCAGGAAUGGAUAUCUUACGAAAGGAAUGCCACCAUUUAUUUGUGGAGAUUUUAAUGUCCAAGGCCAUGUUUGUGGAUGUGACUGUCAAGAUCGUUAUGUAACAACAUUAUUUGAAAUUGUUGAUGAAUUCUGUUUUUGUUUUGAAUGGUGGAUCACCAGCAUUGAUUCUGAGAGUGGGACAGUGCCUAUCUGAUGUCAGUAUAACUUUGUGUUCACCUCCUUACAGAUCUACAGUGGAAUAUUCUAAACUGUCCCAUGGGAACAGAAAAGUGUGACAUAGAGAUACAUAUUAUUCAAGAUUACCCUUGGGGACUUACAACCCAUCAAGAAAGGGGAAAGUAAACUUUGAAGACUGGAUGAAAUAUCAAGAAAUAGCAGACCACAUUAAAACAAUAACCACAGUCACAGACGAAAGUCAAGAAACAUCAGAUGCAGAAUUCAUAAGAGGAAUACUAGACUGAGGCAGACAACAAAAUUAGCCAUUGCCAAGCACUGUCUGAAACUCAACCAUUCCAUGAUUUAUGAUGAGACAAGGGUUCAUGCACUGACCCCCUGGAUACUGGAACAGUGUUAUAAAGAGUCUACAGAGAAAACCUCAUGAAUCGUGUAUCUGAUACCUGGCAGAAUACCCGAUCCCUCAAGAUGUCAGGAAUGUCUGUCGUAGCACAUGUGUAGCUGCUUACCAUAUAGUGGUGCUGUUGAUUUACACACACACACACACACACACACACACACACACACACACACACACACACACACACACACGACCACUGUCUCUGGCUGUCGAAGACAGACUGUGAGCAACAGCACAUGACAGGAGAAGCAAUCUGGGUGGUCAAGGUAAGUAGGAGGCUGUGCUCAUGGUACAAAAUCGUAGGCAUUUCAUUUAUGAAAGACAAUGCUUAAUUCAGUGAUUGGCUGAGAUUAUUUCUUCUUCUGACAUCUCACUGAUCAUAAAGUACCACAGGAAAUUAUAAAAAAUCCCAAGUAACAAAAUUUUCUGUGUGCAACCGGCAAAGCCUGCGUAUCACUAUGAACUAGUUUAAAAAACCUGAAAAUAGGGACUUUCUUGUAGUAAAUCUUUUGUUGUAUUAACAUUAACAAAAACUAAUGUAAAAUUCAUUGUUUGAACCUCGUAAGCAAAGUGCAGGUGUCGUUUAAGACUUUGUGACUACAUAACUGAUUAACACUUCAUGUGCAAUCUCCCUGAAUUUAUAUAACCCCGUUAUUGCACUGUUGAUAUAAACUAUUUUUAAACAGUGACUUAAGCCAACAAAGUACAUGUUAUUGUCAUUGUAUGACAUACUAGGUUUAGGACCAAAUUGUUUAAUGAAGCAUUAUAUUUCUCACUUUUAGACAUCAGCAGUGAGUUUUCGUGGUUCUUACAGAAUCUGAAGGAAAAAUUAAUAAAUUUGACACAAAGGU